UUCAAAUUUUGGUUUGAAUGGCCUUGACAAAUGGCAAAGCACUGCUACCAAUAUGUAGUGAAGCAACCAUUCAAAAACUGAAAACGGUGGAAAAGAAUGAAGUAUUACGCGUUGUUCACUCGUUAUUGGAAGAAAUUUUAGUUUUCAAGAGAAUAGAGAACUCGCAGUCUUUCAAAAGGGCGCUGGAGGUUGCAUCUCAUUACGUACACGGACUAUAUUUAGCCUUCCUGGACCAAGAAAUCUUGGUUUUGGUUUCCGAUUUCACUCUUAAUAAUCUUGAGGUUCUUUUCAACUCAUUGAAAGGCUAUUCAAGUGAGCGGUAUUCGCUUUGUACAACAGAUAACGGUGAAGGCGUUCUAUCUUCAAACGCUUACUAUGCUUCUCAGACUUUCAGGGGGUUUAUCAAAAUGAUUUCUCACACAACCUAUUUGAGAAAGAUAAUAGAAAAGUUAUUGGAUAUUGCACAGGUUAUUCUUGAUGUGUAUAAACAAAUGCCGCUCUUAGGUUAUUCUUUAACUCAAACAAUAUUGGACGCUUUAGAGUCAGGAGUUGUCCAUUAUUUUGGACCAAAAGAUGCUGAAAGCUUAUUUACUUCUCUUCUAAAUUUCCUAAAGUAUUCCAUAACAGUCAACAACGAUGUUCAAACAUCCUGCCUCAUCGCAAGCACCUUGUCCAUCCUGGUUUCUUAUGUAAGUUUUCCUUCCAUGAAGAUAUCGUUUGGGAGUCGUGUGGCACGCUUCUUGGAGUUGCUUUUUGAAAGGAACUUACUGAGUCAACAAUUUUGUGUUCUUGGACAGGGAAGCUCAAGUGAACUGUUAAUGAAACUGACCAUACCUCUUUUUGGGUAUCCGUAUCAAGAUCUUUCCUCUUUGAGCAGCUCUUCUCUCCACAAAAUCUUAUAUUUGCUGAGUGUUUAUGGUCAUCCAGUUUGUUAUAAUGACGGAAUUUGCAGUAUACAGAGGAACUACGAAAUACAAGGCUAUUGUUUAGAACCAAUGAAAAAAAAGCAGAAAAGUCUUCGUCCUACAAAUUCACUUAGAGUAUUCUAUGAGACUGCGGAACAUUUGUUGAGACUUUUAUCUCAUACCGAUGCAGAGUUAUCUGCGUUACAAGCACAAAUAUAUGAAAUUGGUGCCAUAGUUGCUAUUCAAAGACUAUCCAUGAUAGUAAUGGAUCGAAUUGAUCUUUCUAGCAGUGUUGCGCACGACUCUAUUUCCUUUUUAAAGGACUUGUUAAUAACUUUUGACUGUCUCUUUUCUAUUUCGGAAGAUGAUCAUGCGAAACAUAUCACUUUUCCUGUUCUAGAAUUGGGUUUAAAUGUCUUGAAUCAUCUAAAACAUGACGAGAGCCGUGAAGUUGAAUAUAUUUGUCGUCAGUUUACUGAAAUAUGUACGUGGCAUUUUUCAUCUUGUCAAGUGACAGAUGCGAAGGCUGCCAUGAACUUUAUCAACUUUGUUCUGUCGAAAUGCAGCAAUGUUACGUUGUCGAAAAGCGUUUCUUUUGUCGAUGAAAUGUAUUUUCUGAUCCUUGAAAAGAGUUUACACUUCUUAAGGCAAAUCAGUGGACCGGACAUUAUUCCUCAUGAUAACUCGCUUUCAUAUAUCGACUUUCGUCCAUUGAAUACGUGGUUGAGUCAUUAUCUUACAGAAUGCAGUGAUCAUUCUGAGUUGACUAUUGAGGAAAUCAAAGUUCGUUGUCUAUUUUAUCUUAUUUUGUCUGAGGUUUUAGCGUUGCGUUCUCGUUUUUCAGGACUCGAAUCGUUUGGGGACCAAGUUUGCUUAGACGAGAUUCUUCGUAAUUUAGAAAUGAGCUGGAAGACUUUCUUUGAUCUGUUGUCAUCAAAACAGAAUGACUUGAGUGAUUUAUCUUACAGUGCUUGUCUUAAGAAAUACACCUUUGCAAUUAUGAAACUUUGCAUAGAGAUACUUGAGUUGCAAACUCGACCUCAUUAUGAAGAACGAAGGCGACUAGUAUCAAGAAAUUUACAAUACUGUCUUUAUAUUUCUCUCGUUCUGGGUAUGGAAGAGCAUAUUGAUAAGUGUCUUCAAAAAGUUGUAAAUAUCUUGGCCUCGUUGGAUUGUUUCUCUGCCAGUUCUGAGUCAUUUGGUCCAUUGAAAGGAAUACAUUGUUUUUCAUGUUUGAGGAGCUCAACCAGUUGGAAGCUACGUUCUUUGGAAUUAAGUUUUCAAUGUUCAGGACUGUGUAAUAUAGUCACGUUGCUCAUUUCAGAGAAAUUCGUGCAAAGCGAAAACUUUUCCUUCAUUAUUUGGGGUCGACUUAUUUCAUAUUUGCUUAAAAGUUUUUGGUGCAAUUAUUUAAGUUGCGAUGAUCCAACAUCUUACCACAUGGAGGUUUUAGUUGUUAUUUUAUUGGACAGCUUAAUAAGUUGGACUUCGCCAAAACUUUUACAGGAUUUCUGCUACAAGCCGACAAGCAUCAUCGAUUUUCAAACUGCUGUAAGGCUGUCCAUUGACUCUCAUGAAGAAACUGAACUGGAAAGCUUUGAAGUUUUGUUUCGAGUUGCUUCUGAACAUAGUCUGCAACAAAUUAGUUGUGACAAAGUCGUUUCAUGGUUUCUCAGAUUAUUUAGAGAUCGUCUUAUGGUUAUCGGAUUUCACCGCCUCCUUAAUGACUCUUUUGAAAUUUAUGUUUGGCAAAGUCUCUUUCAAAGCAACACAAAAGACUUGUGGAAUAUUGUGGCUUCGAAUGUCUUGAGAAUGCUACUAGUGAGGAAUGAUUUUCAGAGUGUAGAGUUUCUCGCUAACCAGUGUGGACGAAGCCUAUGUUUACUUAUCAAAGAUAAUCUAGGAAGUAUUGUAGCCACUUAUCUCUAUCAGCGAACUAUUUUAGAGGCCAACGAGUCGACUCAGUUUAUACAAGAGUCUUUAAUACGACUUGAGACUUGUCUCGAGUUUUGUUGCAAGAUAAUUGAUUGUCCUUCUUGUUCACAACUUUUUUUGUCCUGUAAGAUUUCUGCUACCAAAUUCUUAGUCCAACGUUUGUGUAAGCCAGCCUCAGAGCUAAUCUUCUUGGAGAAAUCACUUGAUAGCUUGGCAAAAUUGACAGGACAUUGCUCAAGUUGUAGUCUUAUCUCAGAUUGCUUCCUUGCACUUAUUGACGACUUGAAUCAAAGAAUAUUUUUGCGCUUAAAGUACAGUUUAUUGACAAGAGCCAGAUCCCUCAAAUGUUUACAGCGACUGUUUACUUUUAUCUCAUCUGAGCUGCAUCUUUUCAUUCCAAAAAUACUUGCUUCUCUCAAGCUGGUCUUAGAACUUGAAGAGGAUUUGAUCCCUGUUGGUAUCGAAACUUGGAUAUCCUUUUUGUCUAAUGUGGAUCCUUUACAUGCCGGUUCCCAUGUUUUAACUAUCCUUUCCGUUUUAAAUCCAUUCGUACCUUCAUUUCCUGAACAACUGGGCCCUUCUCUUGCCAGACUUGUGAGUCAAUGCAACUUUAAUCUAUUUUUGAUUAUCGAUGAAUCAUAUAUUCCUAUUGAAUUGGAAACUCAACCAUGUUUUGGAGACUUUUUUAAGAACUUGAGAAUUGCAAGAGAGAGCUUAUCACUUCAACAGCAAAUGGAUGUACUGGUUAGUUUUAUUGAGUCACCAGAAGUGUCAACAGUGAAGUAUGCGGUAUUGUCCCGUCUUCAAAAACUAGUUACUGUGAACCGCAAACAGAUAACAGAAACACUGACACGAGAUUUGAAAAUGCGUUCGAGUAUUAGUGCUAUCAUUUCAAAUAUAUUUUUAUCUUUAAAAAGCUUAGACAGAAAAUGUUGUAUAUUAGCAGCAGAUAUUCUUGGGGAUUUGGGAGCGAUCGAUCCUGUAUAUUUGAUGGGAGAUAUUACUCCUGCUGAAACUGCCAGAUAUAUGUCAUGUAGACUUUCAAAUAAUAAGAGUGCUAGUUUAGAAAGCUUUUUGCAAGUCCUUCUUUGUCAUUAUCUGAUUCCGUGCUUAAAAGGGGGUGAAAAGUCUGGAACUGGACUCCAUCAGAACGUUGUUGGAUUUGCAUUGCAAGAGUUGAUAAGGAUCUAUAUUAAUGAAUGCCACCAAUCAUCAGCGAAAGGUACACAUGACUUGGAGACUUUCUAUUCAAGUGAACUCUAUUUAUCACUGACACAAGUUCAUCGAGAGCUUCUUAUUCCUUAUAUUCACUCGAGUUACAGUGUUGUACAGACAGGACACAAGAAGGAAUCUUUGAAACUAGACGAAAUAAUUGAUUCUAAAGGUUAUAGCACAGAUGCAUUGGAUCUAUGGAUAUCCAACCUUUGUAUUCUGUUAGUUGAUACAGAGUGUUUUCUGAAUACCAAGUCGCCAUGGUCAAGAGUCCUUCAAGUUUGUAGAAAUGUUUAUCGGUUGCAUCCUCAAAUCGCGAGAUUUGUCUUUCCGUAUAUUCUACGUCAAUUUUUGGAGAAUCUUUCAGACAGGGAAGCCAGUCAAAGUGUUUUGGAUUUUAUUGACUCCCAGCUAUCUUGUGCCUUGGAGCGAGGAAGUAUUUUUGCAUCUUGGGUUCUUGGUCUAGUAGAAGAGUACCGACUCAUAGAAGAGAACGUGGCAGAACAAGAGAAAGUAUAUCGUCUGGAGAAGAUUUGUUCUCGACUGAAAGCUUUUGGUGGAGAACAUUCAUCUUUUCAAAGGAAUGUUCUGUAUACGUUUCUUAAGAGUAUAAAUGAUGUAGACCUCGCUAAAGCCGCUUUGAAGAUUGGAUCCUAUCAUAGAGCUGUCUUUUAUAUAGAAGAACAUUUACGACACUUAAUGAACAGUGAAAGCUCGGAAAAUGCCACUUUUUUAGUUAGGUCUCUGCAGGAUGCUCAUAAUGCCAUUGGCGACAAGGAUUCUUUAUUAGGUCUUUUGGUGCUACAGAAAAAGAAACUUUCGAACCAGCUGAGUCUGCAAGAACGAAUCUUGGAAGCUGAGUCUCUAGAAAACAUAGAUGAAGUCAAUGCUUUAUAUAGUGAAGCAUUAUCUUCGAAAUGUCUUGCAGGUCUCGAAAUUUCUUAUGUGAAACAUCUCCUCAAAUUAAACUUGACAGAAUUUGCCAAGUUCUUUGCUAGGAAAUUCUCACCAGACCUCGAAGGAACAAAGCGAGAACAAAUGAGAGCCUUGCAUUGUGCUGCUGCUUGGAGAUUGUCGGAGUGGUUUGAAAUAGAUUCAUUGGAUUCCUAUUCACAGAUUACGGGAGACGAAGUCGGCGAAAUUUGUAUUGCUGCCUAUCUGAAUUCGUUGUCAUCGCCCAAGCAUGCCACUCAUGUCAAUAACUUGGCUAAGGAAAAGAUAAUUAAAAGCAUGUCGGACCCUUCAUUAGGGAGUUACGAGAAAUCUUACAAAUUUUGCGUAUAUUUAAGCAUUUUGCGUGAAAUAGAGUGGAUAAAAGAGAUUUUAGGGAAUUCGGAGAAAUGCAGAGACAUUGAGAAGGUCUCUCUUCUCCAUCAGGAGUUAACACUGCGGUUGAGAAGGACAGUUCCUGACGUUUCAGUGAGAGAACCAAUUGUAGAAGCUCGAAGCGUUUGUUACGCUUUUUUUGGUGACUAUUACUAUGCCAUAAAUGCCAUGAUGGAACUUGCCAAGCUUGAAAAAGAAAAUGGAAGCCUUCAUGCUGCAUAUUUGAAUGUGAUUCGAUCGGAAAACAUGUUUUAUUCUUUGCAAAACAAUAAGGACAUAUCUCUCUUAUCGGAAAUUCAAUUGGAAAAGGCAGAUAUUUAUAAGGAGAAAGGAAACUUAUUUAGUGCUAUAGAAACCUUAGAAAGCGUUGUUCAGGCGUUAGAGAGUCGAUCUCAUCAAAGUAGACAAGAAAAUCUGUUCAGUACUGAAACGCAACUCGCUAGAGCAUUGGUUGCUUUAGGCAAUGUGUCCGAAAUUUCUCACACUUGUACGACGGAAGUCAUUGCUUCCUAUUACCGAAAAGCUGUGAAUCUGGCAGCGAACUUUCAAGACGGUUUUUAUUAUCUAGCCCGCUUCUACGACCGUAUGUUGCAGGAGUCAACUUCUGGUUUGGUUGAAGAUGUAGAGAAACAUAGGAAACAAUCCUUGUGCGAUAAGAAUACAUCGCAAAAUAUAGUACAGUGUCUUUCUGUUGCUUUAGAAAACUAUACUCGUACGAUGGAACUUGGAGGCAAAUACAUUUUCGAAUCUCUUCCAAGGCUGUUGACUCUUUGGUUCAAUUUUGAACAUCAAGCUUGUGUGGAUAAAUCAACUCCGGCUUGCUCUUUCUCUGAAGACGAAAUGGCUACAAUUAGAAGCAACACGGAACGAGCGUUUGAAAACCUGCCAGUCUGGCAAUGGACAACAUGCAUCUCCCAAAUUUUGAGCAGAAUUUCUCAUCCAAGUGCUUUUGUUCGCAAAAAUUUAGUGCAACUCACAGCGCGAUUGACAGUUUCGUAUUGUGGUCGCAUGAUUUGGUAUCUGGCACCUGUUAUAAACGGAAAGAAUGAUAUACGAAGAAAAACUGGUGAAAAAAUAGUGUCUGUUGCUGAAGAGCUCGGAGAUCAAAAUAUGUGCAAGACCUUGAGGUGCGGACUUGCCUUUAUUCAAGAACUCUCCAAAAUCUGCCUUCAGAGUACGCCAAAGCACGUGAAGAAACUAUCCUUUUCGAGCAAUUUUGAAGCUUUUAAGAAAAUGCUUCCUUGUAAUCAAGUCGUAAUUCCCACCAAAAAAGCUAUUAUGAUUAGUUAUGACGAAAGUUUGACAGAUAGGAAUGAGAGCUCUGAAUCGGCUGCUUGGAGUCCAUGGAAUGAAGAGUUACCUACCGUUUACGGAGUAGAAGAUGAUAUCAUCUUGAUGAACUCGUUGAUGAAGCCUAAGCGUAUAUGCUUAGUAGGAUCUGAUGGAAAUCAAUAUUAUUUCUUAUGCAAGAAAGAAGACUCCGGUGACAUGCGAAAGGAUUCGAGGCUCAUGGAGUAUGUUGAAGCCUAUUUACGAUGCCCCAUUCUAAACGAUACUAGGUUUGCCUCAGUUAUCAAUCGCCUUCUUCGAAAUAAUCAACGUUCUCGUUCAAGGGAGCUCAUACUAAGGACAUAUGCCGUUCUACCUCUUAGUGAAGAGUGUGGAGUAAUAGAAUGGCUAUCGAAUCUUGCUCCACUGAGAGGAAUCGUAUUCCAUCUGUACAACAUCUUUAAAAUUCCGAUUUCUUUGGGAGAGAUUAAGGAGCAAUAUGAAAAGCGAACCUGUACUACUUUGGAAUUUUAUCGUGAGUGGUUGCUUGCCCGUUUUCCUGCCCUUCUACGACACUUUUUUGUUGCUUGCUUUCUUGACCCUAGCGAAUGGUUUGUGGCUAAGAAGAGAUUUACAUAUUCUUGUGCCGUAUGGAGUAUGAUAGGCUAUAUCGUAGGACUUGGUGACAGACACGGUGAAAAUAUCUUAAUAGACAUGACUUCAGGAGAUUGUAUCCAUGUAGAUUUCGCUUGCAUGUUCGACAAAGGACUGACGCUUAAAGUUCCGGAAGUAGUUCCAUUUCGUCUCACUCCUAAUAUGUUAGAUGCAAUGGGUCCUGCUGGUCAUGAAGGUUCGUUUCGAGUGGCAGCGCAAAUCACUAUGAGCAUUGCUCGAGCAAACAGAGACUGUCUUAUGUCCGUAUUAGAAACAUUUCUUUACGAUCCUCUUGUAGAGUGGGAGAAGAGCGGAAGUACUAGACACCACAGCAACAAAGGCAAGGAAAAUAUUCCAGUAGAAAGGUCAGCUUUGAAACCGAAUGCUCAUGCUUUGAAGGCACGACAGAACAUUGACGAAAAAUUGCAAGGCAUUGUGAAAGAUAGUAGAUCACCGCUUUCUAUACAAGGCCAAGUGCAACGUUUAAUACUUGAAGCUACCAAUGAGGAAAAUUUAGCAAACAUGUAUCUUUGGUGGAUGGCUUGGAUUUAAUCUUGUGCCGUGACAACACGUGGCACCGCAUUCAGUUAGCGAUCGUUU